GAUGCGUUCAGUCUUCUAAGCUGGUUCAUUCGCGCGACCGGUGUCACGAAGACGGUGACGAUCCACGGAAGAGCAUGAUCGCGACGACGAUGAAGAACGCGUUGCUCGUCGGUGUUCUCGCGGCGAUCUGUCUGACGGAGACGCGGGCUUACGUGAGUUUCGACCAGGUGAAUCUCGACAAUAAGACGGAGUCUGAUCUACCGAAGAGCGCGGUACCCGGACAGGGCAGCGAUGCGACGACGGAAAAGCUGAUUCGCGUGCCGUUGAUUCGUCGAUAUCCACGAACGAUCGACAGGUCCCUGGCCACGAUCAACGAGAACGACCCACAGGAACCGGAGAGGAACACCGUGACCGCCAGACCGGCGACUACAGAGGCCACUCGAGGUGUUCGACGAGGCGCGAAGAGGAACCAGAAGAAGCUGAAGCUGACGCAGACUCAGGGUCGGAAGAAGUCGAAGAAGACGAGACGUCACGUCGGCGCCGACGACAAGCAGGACAACGUCGACGGUCAGAACCAUCUGAGACGGUUUGGCGGAUCCGUGGCUAGAAGCUACAAGAACGAGGACUAUUACGCGCAGAGGCGAGCGGUCAUGGAGAAGUUUUACGCUCGGCAGCGCGAGAUCGCCCAGAAGUACCAAACGUCCACUACCACCCAGGGACCCUUCAGGUACGAUUUACUGCUACCCAAUGCCACCACGGAGAACAGCAGAUACAACUCGAGAGUGACGCCGUUCAUCCCGAACACCAGACCCGCUUCGACGGCGAAGCCGCUGCGAUCGCCUGCUAACGACAAUUGGCUGUCCCCCGUCGAAGAGGAUGCUGACGUAGACACUACCUCCUACGACGACUACGAAGAGAACGAUUACGACGCCAUCGAUGCGGGAAAAGCUACUCCCGUUGCCAGCAAGACGGAAGCUGCUCCCGUUGCUACCAGCACCCUGGCACCAGUGGCCGCCGGCGGGAAGAUCACCGAAAUCGGUGACUGCGUAAACGUCGAGAACUCGUUGUUCUACCAGCACAACCUGUUGGUGGACGUGACGAAAGGAACGACCGUCGAGACCGACGAGUUGAUGGAGUCGAUCAACGAGGAGUAUUGCGUGGUCUGCAUCCGGAUCGAGCAAUCCGCCGGAACCGAGGGCCGGCUGAAGAUAGAAAGAUCCGGGAACAAAAGCGUGAAGCUGAAAAUCGAGGCGCUGCGGAACGAGCAUCUCGCGUUCGUCGCGCGAUUCUACACGGGCGACAGAUCAACGAGAUCGAAGGACUGUCUGUGAGGUCGUUGCGAUUACUGACAAAUUUAUUAACAGAUCCUUAAAUAAAGCUGCGUGUCGUCGUAGACUUUACGGAACUAUGAA